AUGGCGGCGGUCGAGGCGGUUGGAAUGGUCCACCGUAUCCUAAUCAAGGGUUACUACCCAAACCAACCGUACCCACAACCUGGCUUCCAGAACAGCCCCCAUCGCGGAGGACAUGGCGGCUACCGCGGCAACAACUUCAACGGCCCCGACCGCCGAAUGUCAGGUCCUGGCGCAAACGCACCGUUUGGCGGUCCAGGCGGACGAGGGCGUGGCGCGCCUACCCAAUUCUCCAACUUGUCAUGGACGCCAGCGUCAGGCACUCGAGGCGGCCGCCCAGCCACUGAAGCGCCACGCCCACAGCCCGCUGUCGCGUCGCAAGUACCUGCCGACUCUGCAUCUGUGGAUGCUGAUGACAACCCCUUCCGCCCAUCCAAAGAUCUGCGUGUAGAAGACGAGGGUUCCAAAGAGGACAAGAGGAUGGCACCUUCAAAGGCACCGACAGCACCCAAGUCAGGAUUUGGCUUUUCGUUGAAGACCAAGAAUCCUGUGCCACCAGCGAGCAAAGCAAAGCCUGGAGUGGAAGAGCCUGAGAAGCCUGCGCCUGCUUCCAAAGAGUCUCUUCUUGACCCCAAAGCAAAGGCGGCAGCGGCAGCGGCAGCGGCACGUGAAGCUUCCCCGCGUCACUCAGAAGCACGAAGCGAUCGGGAUCGGGACGCGAGGGACAGAGGUUACGACAGUGGCCGCGACCGAGACAACAGGGAACGAGAUCGUCGAUAUGACAACUACUACGAUCGAAAACCUGCCUAUCGAGACCCUCGCGAUAGAGACACUCGAGAUCUACGAGACACGCGUGAGCCCUACUAUCGCGGCAAAGAGCGAGAUUUCCGAGACCCACGAGACAGAGAUAUGCGAGAUCCGAGAGAUGCACGAGACCCGCGCGAUACCCGUGACCGCGAUCCCAGAGAUAUGCGCGAUCCGAGAGAUCGUAGAGAACCAUACCCACCCCGACGACCUGACGAUAGACGAUUCGACCCACGGCCUGACACACGACCAGUGCGAAAGUCACCACCCCCUCAGAUACCCAAGACUAAGAUCGUUAUGAGGAAGCGCAUGAAACCUCGGCCUACGCUGGUCCCUGAACAUGCAGCUUCAGAGUCUGUAUAUUACCGGAAGCCCGGUAACGAAUCGGUGGUUGGAUCCGGCACCUACGGAAAGGUCUUCAAGGGAGUCCAUGUCUAUACGAAGGAUAUGGUAGCUCUCAAGAAGAUUCGUAUGGAGGGCGAACGCGAUGGCUUCCCCGUUACGGCCAUCCGUGAGGUCAAACUUCUGCAAUCUCUUAAUCACGCCAACAUCGUUAAUCUCCGAGAAGUCAUGGUUGAGAAGAACGACUGCUAUAUGGUUUUCGAAUACCUUUCCCACGAUCUUACCGGUCUUUUGAACCACCCGACCUUCAAGCUCGAACAAGCACACAAGAAGGACCUGGCCAAACAGCUCUUUGAAGGCCUGGAUUACCUCCACCGCCGCGGCGUUUUACAUCGAGACAUUAAGGCUGCGAACAUCCUUGUAUCCAAUACCGGACAAUUGAAACUGGCAGAUUUCGGUCUUGCACGUUUCUACGCGAAAAGCAGUAAGCUCGACUACACCAACCGGGUCAUUACCAUCUGGUAUCGAUCACCGGAGCUGUUGCUGGGAGAAACACAGUAUGGGCCAGCAGUCGACAUCUGGUCGGCUGCCUGCGUACUGGUCGAGAUCUUUACCCGGCACGCUAUCUUCCCUGGCGAUGGCGGCGAGAUCAAUCAGCUGGACAAAAUUUACAACAUACUCGGCACGCCCACUGUGCAGGAUUGGCCUGGCAUUGUCGACAUGCAGUGGUUUGAACUGCUACGGCCAACCGAGCGAAAACAGUCGACUUUUGAGGAGAAGUACAAGGACCGUGUUAGUCCUAUGGCUUUUGAGCUUCUCCAGGCAAUGUUCCUGUUCGAUCCCAAUGCGCGACCCACCGCCGCCGACGUGCUCGAGCAUCCUUUCUUCACGAGCGAAGCCCCGCCACCAAAACGUGCCGACGCGCUGAAGGAGCUGGAGGGUGACUGGCACGAGUUCGAGAGCAAGGCUCUUCGGAAAGAAAAGGAGAAGCAGGACAAGGAGGCGCGGCGUGUUGCGCGGGAAGAGAAGGAUACUGCAAGGAAGGACGAGGGUAAAAGACGGGCCGAGGCAAAUGCUGGCGAGGAAAGGGACGCGAAGCGAGCGAAGAGCGGUGAUGUUACGGCGUAG